AUGACAUUUAUGGAAGUAGGCAACACGCCAGUUACAUGUGCUGUACCUUUUGCGAUGGGAUCACAAACAUUCGUCAUUUGGUCUAUAUCCAAUAUUAUUUUAAAUGUAAUCACAACGAUGUUAUACACAGCUGUUAAUUGUUAUAUUCAGAAGCAGGAGCAAGGAAAAAACUUCAAAGCUGUCUUCAAAUCCAUAUUUAUAACAGUAUCUAUGGUCAGUGCUGGAUGGACUAUUACAGCUAUCGCGAAUACUUUUGUUGUACUUUUCAUCCCCACUCCAUAUGGGAAACAACUUGUGAACAUGUACGCUGGGAUACCUGUGAAUAUCGCAUGCGCCUCCAAUAUUUUCGUCUUCUACAAAAUCAAUCUAGACUACCGCACUUGCAUCAGAAAACUAUUGUCUUGCAAAAAUGCUCAAGUGGCGACAAGUUAUACGGAAGCAAAACGAUCAACUACUGUUCGAUUGCCUUCAUAA